AAAUCCUUGUGCGCAUAUUAUCGUUCUACUGAUAGAGAACCUGAGAACGUACUAAAGGAGGCACAGUUAUACCCGGUCAAAGCAGUUUUCACUUUUGGUUCAAUUCCAGCAGUGCUUCUCACCAACACAACACAUUUUUUGGAUAGAUUAUUUGCAUAUUGCUUUCAGUCAAUAUGCAAGCAAGCUUCUUAUCCAGCAUUGUUGCCACAGUGGCCCCAGCUUCACUUGCCACAGCAUUAGCAUUCUUUCUUAUAAUAAUAGUAUACUUCAUCUUUAAAAAUAAAGGCCUUCCACCAGGUCCUGUAGGUUUGCCCUAUUUCGGAUACUGGCCUUUCAUAACUGAUUCUAACUGUACUUCGAAGUUAGAGGGCUUCAAGAAAAAGUAUGGAGACAUCUUCAGCUUUACAUGUACUGGAAGGCUGUAUAUCAAUUUAGGAAGCUUCAAAGCCGUUCGCGAAGCAUGUUUAAAUAAAUCAGAGUUCUUCGGCAACAGAGUAUCAGGCUAUAACGUUGUGAACCGUUUCUUUAAAGAUGGUGUAAUCGUUAUGAAUGGAGAACCAUGGAAAGCUGCCCGAAAAUUCUUCUUGGUAGCCUUAAGGGAACGUGGCUCGAAUUUUGUCAAAACUACCUUAGCCGGUCCUCUGUACGAUUCUAUCAAGUCUACAGUCAAUGAACUAAAAGCCAGGAAAGGGGAACCCGUGAAUUUGAUCGACUUCCUGUUGCAUGAGUGCUGCACAGUUGUACGAUUGACAUUAUUUGGUGAGACAGGAGCCACUCAGGAGCAAAUCAGGAGAUUCAAUGAAUUGUAUUCUAUAGAAGUAAAGUGCAUGACACCAAGAAAUGUACUUCUAUGCGGGUCGUUUGCGAAAUACUUCAUCUUUCCAUUUAUGCCCAAUUUUCUGAAAUCCGUCGAAUGUCACGGGAAAAUGCAAAAAAUUGUCCAAGAUAUCGUCGAUGAACACAAAAAAACUUACGAUGGAGAACACACCCGGGAUAUCAUUGACGAAUAUUUCAAAGAAAGAGAUAAACGAAUAAGCAGGGGAGAUCCUACCGCAGAAUACUUUACUGAUAAAGUGUUAGUAGGUUCCAUAGUGCAAUUCAUGGGGGAUGGCGCUCUGUUUGCUGCGUCGUUCACUACCUUGCUUAUGACCGGCAUGUUACUUUUCCCUGAAGAACAAGAUAAGUUAUACAAUGAAAUUGUGGACGUGAUCGGGCUGGACAGGCAACCGACCAUUGAAGACAAGAGCAAAUUGACUUACUUCAAUGCUUAUAUGCAGGAAUCUAUUAGAACAGCAGAUUUUUUCAGUUUUCUCGAUACGCAAGAAUGCAGACAAGAAACAACUUUAGGAGGAUACAGAAUUCCUAAAGGUGCCAUAUUGCUCCAAAACUUCUAUUCAUGCCACUUUGAUCCUGAUGUCUACGAAGAACCCGAAAAGUUCAAUCCAUCUCGAUACAUACCAGUGAACGGUAAUCGAAAACCUGAGGCACCAAUCAUGUUUGGAGUAGGAAAAAGAGCCUGUAUUGGAGAAAGUUUUAUAAUGAUGCAAGCUUUCUUACUUUUGGCAACCAUUAUACAAAAUUUUCGUCUGUCACUGCCUGAGGGAGAAAAGAUUUCCAUUGAAUCAUUUUACAACAGUAACUUACAGGUUUGUGCCACACCGAGAGAUAAACAUUGAGUCAUCUGUUCUUUCUGAUCAACAUUGAGUCAUCUGUUCUUUCUGAUGAACAUUGAGUCAUCUGUUCUUUGUAAUAAGCAUCGAUUCAUCAUUUCUUUGUAAUCAAAACAAAUUCAUCUGUUCUUUGUUAUAAUCAUUCAUUCAUUUAUUUCUUUGUAAUAAACAUUUUUUCAUCUGCUUA